CUUCUAGGAAGUUUCUUCUAAGAUAUUCUAUAAAUAAAGGGACUCUCCCUGUCCUCUCAUCUAUCAAAUAACGAAAUGGAGAAGGUGGGCGAUUCUCAGCCGUCUUCGUCAGAGCCCGUUUCGCGAACUAGUAAAGAGAUGAUGGAGCCGCCGCGGAGGCUCGGGAUAGUUACUCCAGAAAUCUGUUUCGAAAAGACAAAAAGUGACUUAGAAAAGCUUAAAGGGGGAUUAUCUCUUUUAUUUAUUGGAUUACCUCUCUUGUUUUCACCAUCCAAUCGGGCGAUAUUGGGAAUGAUGAUGAUCAUGGGUUACCUUCAUACUCAGGAAUAUAAAAUGGAGUUAGAAAAUGAGAGGGGCGAUGCGAUCAACGAUGCAAUCAAGUCAAUUAUUGAACUUGAUUCAAUUAAGCCAAUUAUUGAUGAUGAUGAUGAAGAAGAAGAAAAAGAAAAAGAAAAAGAAGAAGAUGAUGAAGAAGAUUUUUUUGCAAAUGUUAUUGAUAAUAAUGAUGUUGAGAUAGAAUACUUUAGCUGGGUAGGAAAGAUCCCUGAGAUGUCGAUUCCCGAAGUUGCUGCUCGACGUACGGAGGUACUCUACCAUGAUGAAAAAGAAACGGACUCCGGAAAUUACCACAAUGGCAGAGAUAGGACAAUAAUGACCAUGGACAACAUUCAGCGUAAAACGUCACAAGUACGGGCAUUGCAAGAAAUUGUGUCACGAGUGCCAGAAGUUGCUGAUACCAAAAUCACAAUGGAGCACAGUAAAAAUUUAUGGCAGGGGUGGUAGUAAUGGUGGAGUUAGAAAUAAAAUAAAUAUUUAAAAUUGUUUGUUAACAUUAAAAGUUAUGUAUGAAGUGUUUUUUUUAGCUGUAAUUUUUGGUGGAGUUAUGGUCAGAGUUGCCUGGGUAGGGCAUAUAUAUAUCACUCUGUGAAUUCAAACUCGGCAAAAGGGAGAUUGUUCGCAAUGGAUGCCAUCGGCGGAGGCCGAAGCCAUGCGUGACAAGCUGAGCCAGAGGCAACGUAGACCACCGCCGGAGUCCUCGAGGAGGCGAUCACCACCCACAUGGCCUUCUGCAGCAAGUCAUCCAGCUCCAAUCUGGCCAACAAGGUCACCGACGGCAUGCGGCAAAUGCUGAGGCAAGAGUUUUUUGGCGAUUUGUCCAACUCCGCAUCGUCCGUCAAGUUCGGAUUCAGAAUGGCAAGGAUCGGCGACUAGGUUUUCCAUUCAUUCGCAGUACCCGUUUCUUCUCUCGCCCGCUUCGAUGUUUUAAAUUACUGUGUACGUAUUGGCUCAAUGAAAUUGCUCUUUUUGAGGAUAACAUUCAAACCUCCAA